GGCCCGCACCGGGCCGUCCCGCGGGCGGCUACAGGCGAGCGGCGGCCGGGUAUGGCGGAACAAUGGGAGCUGGACGAGGAAGGCAUCCGCCGCCUGGGGGCGCUGACCUCGGAGCAACCGGAACUGGUGGAGUCUCUUUCAUUGCAGGGAUCUUAUGCUGGAAAAAUCCAUUCCAUUGGUGAUGCCUUCAGAAAUUUUAAAAAUCUCCGAUCCUUAGAUUUGUCAAGGAAUCUGAUCACUAGCCUUAAGGGAAUCCAGUAUUUAUGUUCACUCCAAGACCUGAAUUUAUAUUAUAACAACAUUCCUUCAUUAGUGGAAGUGUCCCGUCUGCAACCUUUACCCUUCCUCAAAGAACUGGAUUUGAGACUUAAUCCUGUUGUAAGGAAAGAUACAGAUUAUAGGCUCUUUGCUGUAUACACAUUACAAACUCUGGAGAAACUAGAUGACCGAGCUGUACGUGAAGGUGAGAGAAAAGCUGCCAAGCUACAUUUUAGUCAGUUGGGCAACAGUGGAAAUUUUCUUUUAGAGGUGGAAAAAAGCUCUAGGGAGAAGACAAUGAAAAACUGUGUAACAGAUGAAUGCUCUGCAUCAAAAGUCAGUGCUAAUGUUGACAGCAGGAUUGAAAUGGACUCAAACAAAGGACUUUUUAUUCCCUUCCCCAACCGGGAAAUAAAGGAUUCCCUAAGUACUUCUGCAACCCAGGGCAAUGGUACACCCGAUCAGAAAUUAGACACCUUCCCACUGGGGACACAGGUAAUAUAUUCACUCUCGGUCCCACGUGUUAUUGGUGGUGGUGGUGUUCCACGUGGAAGUCCCUUCCUCACUUUAUGCGCCAUUGAUCAGAAUUAUAAACCACUUCUUCCUGAGAAGUGUUUCUGGCAGACAGAGAGUAUGUUCGGUGAACAGAGGUACUCUCAGCUGGGCUACAAAGAAUUCUUACCAUGUUUUGUUUUUUCCCCUUGGUGGAGAUUAGAGUUCAGACACUACUUGCCUCUUCAGUCCACGGUCCGAUCCCCAGAGAAGAUGACUAGAGAAGGGUACCGACUAUCUUUUUUGGACAGUAACUCUUCAGGUUCUUUUCCAGAAAAGGAAUUGAUACCAAAACCUGAUACUUUUCAUCUUACUCAUGAUGCCUCACUGAGUAAACGCCUGGAUGUGGGUGAUUCUAGUCAGAUCCAUCCCUGUCAAUUACCUUCAGAUGUUGGUCUGGAAAAUUAUGACAGUCGUUAUUCUCAAACUCUAUCCCUGCAUGGAAGUCUUGGUAAAAGACCUCAGAGAAGCAAGAACUAUCAAGAGUAUAGCAUAAAGCCUUCAAAUGACAUAAAGGCCACCACUUCGCACUCCUGUGGAGACUUAUUGACUUCUCUGUCAAACCCUGACUCCAGCGCUGGGAGGCUUUUGAAGCUUAGUUCAGAUCUGUAUGCCACAACCCAUUUUAAUAGUGACCCUGCUUUACUCGUCAAUGUAGAGCAACAAUUAUCCACCAGCUUCGGCGAUUUAACACCAGCACACGGUUCUGUCUCAAACAACGCUGUCCUGGGAAACAGGGCAACUCCUCUGCAGACACUGCUCUUGUCUCCUGGGACUUCAGAAGACAGAGAGAUUUUUACCAAGAGGUCAUUAAGCCCAUCGAAGAGAGGAUUCAAAUGGAAGGACAAUAUUCUUGCCAACCUGAAUCCCAAGCAUGGUUUCCGAGAUGCUACAGGCAGCGAGCCUCUCUCUAGUGACCUGGAUAGUUUGCAUGGUUUGCCUGGAAACCACAGUCCCCCAAUCUCUGCCAGAACCCCCCAUGUGGCUACUGUCCUCAGACAGCUCCUGGAGCUUGUGGAUAAGCACUGGAAUGGCUCCGGCUCCCUCCUCCUCAACAAGAAAUUUCUCGGUCCUGCCCGAGAUUUGCUUCUGUCUUUGGUAGUCCCGGCUCCUUCUCAGCCGAGGUAUCGCUCACAUCCUGAAGACACGACGAAAGCCUUCUGCAGGAGGGAGGUUGAACUGAAGGAGGCUGGGCAGCUGGUCCCUAAUGACAUGGAAAGUUUGAAGCAAAAACUGGUCAGAGUGCUGGAGGAAAACCUCAUUUUGUCAGAAAAAAUUCAACAGUUGGAGGAAGGUGCUGCCAUCUCAAUUGUGAGCAGGCAACAGUCACAUACUUAUGAUGAUCUUCUGCACAAAAACCAACAGCUGACCAUGCAGGUCGCUUGCCUGAACCAGGAGCUUGCCCAGCUGAAAAAGCUGGAGGAAACAGUUGCCGUUCUCCAUGAAAGUCAGAGAUCCCUGGUGGUAACUAAUGAGUAUCUGCUGCAGCAGCUGAAUAAGGAGCCAAAAGGUUAUUCUGGGAAAGCGCUCCUGCCUCCUGAGAAGGGUCAUCAUCUGGGGAGAUCAUCACCCUUUGGGAAAAGCACGUUGUCUUCCUCCUCACCAGUGGCACAUGAUACCAGUCAGUAUCUCAUAUAGAGUGUCUCAGAUGCUACCCCAGAGCCUGGCUUAUGGAGCUAGCAUGAAACUCACACCACAGCUUCCCUGGUCCACACAGAGGCUCUUACCGCCAUUGACACCGGUAUGGUGUAUGUACUCACAAAGAUUAAGAAAGAAAUGUAUUCUAAUUA